UCCCCGACGUGCGGAAGGUGAUGGAGCCCUACACCGCCAGGGCCCUCAAGGUGCGGAAGAACAAUUCCCUGAAGGAUUUUGUGGCCGUGGCCGGGCCCCUGGGGGUGACGCAUUUCUUGGUCUUCAGCAAACCCUCCUCCAGCAUCAAUUUUAAGCUUUUUCGGCUGCCGGGUGGCCCAACGCUGACGUUCAAGGUGAUGCAGUACUCGCUGAUCAAGGACGUGGUCUCGUCCCUCAAGCGGCACCGCAUGCACGAGCAGCAGUUCACCCAUCACCCGCUGCUGGUCCUCAGCAAUUUCGGGCUCCAGCAGAUCCAGGUCAAAUUGAUGGCCAGCAUGUUCCAGAACAUGUUCCCCUCUAUCAACGUCCACAGGGUCAACCUCAACAGCAUCAAGAGGUGUUUGCUCGUCAGCUAUGACACAGAGACGCAGCUUCUCGAUUUCAGGCAUUACAGUGUGAAGGUCGUGCCCGUGGGCAUGAGCAAAGGCCUGAAGAAGCUGCUGCAGGAGAAGUUCCCCAACAUGAGCCGCCUGGAAGACAUCAGCGAGCUGCUGGUGAAAGACAUCAACCUGUCGGAGAGCGAGGCUGAGCAGGAUGGGACCCACAACGUCCUGGAGCUGCCGCAGGCGUACGCCGGCCGAGGCAACAUGAAGGCGCAGCAAAGCGCCGUGCGCCUCACCGAGAUCGGACCCCGCAUGACCCUGCAGCUCAUCAAGGUGGAGGAGGGCCUGGCGCAGGGCAACGUGCUCUACCACAGCUUCAUCCACAAGAUGGAGGAGGAGGUGAAGGAGAUCCUGGCGCGGAAGGAGGCGAAGCUGAAGCUGAAAGCGGAGCGGCGGCAGAAGCAGGAGGCGGACGUGGAGCGCAAGCGGCGGCAGCGUGAGGCUCACAGAUUCCUGGCGGCGUAUUACUACCCACCCAAGGACUGGCGUUACGGAGCGGUGCUGUGCAAGCUGGAACGUUUCCUUUUCAACUGCAACCUCUACGGCGGCAUCUUCUUCGUCACCUGCAUCAGCCUCAACCGCUACCUCGGCAUCGUGUACCCGCUGUGGGUCCACGGGCGGCUGCAGACGCGCCACGCCCAAGUGCUGAGCGUGGGGACGGGGCUGCUCCCUGCCCGGUGA